GAACUACUUAUUUGAUUUUUAAAGACAGAUCUUGAGAAAAAGGUGUUAAAGGAUUCCGCAGUCACCUGCUUUCAGUGAAUUACAAAUUGCCAUCCAGACACUGUGAUGUUGAAGCAGCAUUCUUCAAGCCAACUUCUCCCUUCUAAGAGUAGACGACUAUGGAGGAAGUUAUGCCUCUGGAGCCACAGGAACCUGCAGAAAUCAUGGAGCAUAAAAGUAGCACUACUUUGCGUUAACAAUUGCUCAAACAAGAAAGAUGGAUACUCCAACACUCAGGAACCAAAAUGGGGUGCAGAGGUGGAAAAGGGUGGAAUUCCAAGGUUAUAUGCCGGAAAAUUAAAAAACAAAAGAAACAGUCACCACAGAAACGAUGACAACCUCAACCACCACCACAAGAGUAAUGUUUGUUAUGGUGGGGUUUCUGGUUUAGUUCCCCAGAGCCAGUCGGUUGCUUUCACUAAGAAGUCCUUAACAAGAUUACAGUCAAUUGAUUUUCAAACAAAAUCAACAACUUUGACAAGAGCCAUGGAGUCGGUGAACAUUAAGACUAGAACCCUAGAAGAAACAGGUGAUGUAAGUUUCAUCCUCCCUUUUCCUGACAAUAGCAGACCAUCAGCAAGAAGCCCAAGUCAGACAAAUCCACACCAUGGUCACAAUAUUUCAGAGGUUUUAGAUACCAACAGUGUGACCCAGUAUCUGAAUUCUUCCUCAACAAUAGCUCACAUCACUAGUAUGGACUUAAGAGUUAUUCCCAACUUUUCACAGUUCUCCAAUCUUCGAACUCUAAACUUGUCGGGCAACUCCAUAGCCCACAUUACCCCAGGGCUGCUGCCCAAGAGUCUACAUAACCUCGACUUGUCUAGAAACAACAUUGCUGCUAUCUCAGGCCUUGGAGAGCUGACUCGAUUACGAGUCCUCAGUCUUGGGUACAACCGGAUCUUCCGAAUUGGCAGAGGGUUGUCGAAGUGCAUACUCAUCAAAGAACUCAAUCUGGCUGGAAAUAAAAUUAGUGAUUUAGAGGGGCUACAUAGGCUUUCAAAGCUAACAGUUCUUGACCUGAGCUUCAACAAGAUAACUACAGCCAAACCACUUGGCCAACUAGUGGCAAACUACGACUCCCUUCGAGCUCUCAAUCUUUUGGGAAAUCCCAUUGAGAGCAACAUUCGUGAGAAACAGCUACAGAAGGUGGUUUCUGGACUCCUCCUGCAUCUAGCUUACUUCAACAAGCAGCCCAUCAAGCCACAGAGAGCACAUGAAGUGGUCACCAGUAGUUUCACAAAGUCGCCAGUCAGAAAAAACAAACUGGACUAUCGCAGGAGAGCCCUGAAGAUGGUGGAUCAAGGUGAAUCAUCUUCAAGUGGUCAUCGGAACAGCAGGAAGAGAUCAGAAGGCAGAAGUUGA